AUGGACCCCCGGCGCAGGCAGGCCGCGCUCUCUUUCCUCACCAACAUCUCGCUGGACGGGCGGCCGGCGCUGCAGGACGACGAGGGCGGCGGGGAAGAGCCCGGCGGCGGCGGCGGCGCGGCCAGGGCGGCCUCGGCUUCGGCUGCAGCCUGCGGCGGCGCUCGGACCCGCCGAGGCAGCGCCAGCGCUUUCCCGCCGCCCGCCCCGCUGCAGCACGGCGGCUGCCCCGGCGCCUGUGGCGGCGGCAGCGCCAGGCUCGCGAGCCCCCUGGGGGGAGGGGCCGGCGAGCAGCGGCUGCCGGGCAACGCGGAGGACGAGGACGACGAGGAGGAGGACGAAGAUGCCUUUGCUAGCGGGCAGGUGGCCGCCGCCGCCGCCGCCGCCGCCUUCCUGGGCUCGUCCGGGACCCCCGCGGCGAGUGGCGCCAGGGGUCGCCUCAGCUCUUCCUCUCAGGGGAUCCUGCCCGUCGCCUUCGCCCGGGCGGGGGCCCCGCAGAACUACGGCUGCCUCGAGCAAGGCCAAGGGGGCGCCUUCGAGCUCCAGAGGUCUCGACGACGGUUGAUUUCCCAGAGGUCUUCAUUGGAGACUUUGGAAGACAUCGAGGAAAAUGCUCCCUUGAGGCGAUGUCGGACACUGUCAGGCUCACCCAGACCAAAGAACUUUAAGAAGGUUCAUUUCAUCAAGAACAUGCGGCAGAAUGAUACGAGGAGUGGCAGGGAAAUGAAAACAGAAGGGGGAAGACAGUGCCAUUCUACUGCAGGAGUCUGUUUGAAAGAUAUAGUUGGCCUGGAAGGUGUGGAAUUAGGAGCAAAUGGGAAGACUGUUUCUUACACCCAGUUUCUGUUUCCAACCAAUGCCUUGGGAGCACGGAGAAACACAAUAGAUUCCACCUCAUCUUUCUCACAGUUUCGCAAUGCAAGCCAUCGUAGCCUUUCAUUGGGAAGGGCGAACAGCACUCAAGGAAGUAUCGAUGCAGGCAGCGACCUUGGAGAUUAUAUUGAAUACGACCCUAAUCUUUUAGAUGAUCCUCAGUGGCCAUGUGGGAAACACAAGCGGGUAUUGAUAUUCCCUUCAUAUAUGACAACAGUCAUUGACUACGUAAAGCCAUCGGACCUUAAGAAGAAUAUGAAUGAAACCUUCAAGGAAAAAUUCCCCUACAUCAAGAUGACUCUCAGUAAAAUAAGAAGCCUGAAGCGUGAGAUGCGCAAAGUCGCUCAAGAAGAGUGUGGUUUUGAGGAACCCACAGCGGCCAUGGCUUUUGUGUAUUUUGAGAAGCUGGCUCUCAAGGGGAAGCUCAACAAGCAGAACAGAAAGCUCUGUGCCGGAGCAUGCGUCCUGCUAGCUGCCAAAAUUGGCAGCGACCUCAAGAAGCAUGAAGUCAAACAUUUAAUAGAUAAGCUGGAAGAGAAGUUCCGGUUGAACAGACGAGAACUGAUUGCCUUCGAGUUCCCCGUGUUAGUGGCCUUGGAAUUUGCUCUCCAUCUACCUGAACAUGAAGUGAUGCCACAUUAUAGACGUUUGAUCCAGAAUUCCUAGCAUAGGCUACCCUUUUGGGGAAGGGUUUAAAAAUGUUGUCUGAGUGCAGAAGAGCAGCAGUUACUACUGGAAAUGCAAAAAUGGGACAAAGCUGCCCCAGCACCCUGUUUUCCUCUCAUUUUCAGUGCAGCAACCAGAUAGUUGGAAUAAAGCACUAAAUUCCUUAGAACUCUCAGGCUAGAUGAACUGUUAACUAUUCAGAGCAAGUUG